UUCGAUCGAUCUAUACCCCACUAACUUGCAGCCGUAGUACCGGUACCGAAAUUACCACAUUAGCGCUAGGGAAUGAGCAUCGAUCAGCGUCUGUCUAUUCAAAGAGACAGCGAUGCCGGAAUAUCGACGACAACUAGACGAUGCCCUCGGGGCUCUUCUAGCGCGCCGAAAAUCCCACGACAGGCUUAGGAGGUUGAGUAAUGCUCCACCUAAUUCCAUUGACUUCUCAUCAAACGGCUAUCUAUCAUUGUCAACAAAUCCGGUAGUCCAGAAAUCCUUACUAUCACGGCUAGAGGCCGAAUUCGCAACCUCCGAGAACAGCAACGCGCUACGUCGCCAGUCAAUUCUUGGCUCAGGAGGCUCUCGUCUCCUUGAUGGAAACUCUUCGUUCGCAGAAUCUCUCGAGGCGAAAAUUGCCGCUUUUCAUAAUGCUGAAGCUGCGCUCUUAUUCACGUCGGCCUUUGACGCUAACACCGGGCUUCUCUCUUGCGUCCCGCAACCUGGAGAUGUGAUCAUCUAUGAUGAAUUGAUACAUGCCAGCGUCCACGAUGGUAUGCGUAUGAGCCGAGCUACGAAGAGGAUUCCAUUCUCGCAUGAUUCUAUAUCAGAAACUCACCAAUGGCGAAGCUCUAAUGAUAGAGGUGGUCAAGGAGGUCAUCAAAGUAAAAGUCAAGAGCUUUGUGAUGUUUUAAGACAAUUAUCGAGAGACAAGAACGUUAUGCGCUGCAAAGCGAAUGUCUUCAUAUGUGUAGAGGGGCUUUAUAGUAUGGACGGUGACGUCCCGCUUUUAAAAGAGAUUGUUGAGAUCGUCGAUCGAUACUUACCAUCAGGAAACGGCUACAUCAUAGUCGACGAAGCGCACUCGGCUGGCGUAUUUGGCGAGAAAGGUCGCGGCUUGGUGUGCCAGAACGGUUUGGAAAAUCGGAUAUGGGCAAGAGUCCUUGGUUUUGGGAAAGCGAUGGGUUGUGCUGGAGGCGCCAUUCUAUGCUCCCCCGUUGUCAGAGAAUAUUUGAUAAAUUACGCCAGGAGUCUUAUCUACACAACCUCGAUGACCUUUACCUCGUUGAAUAGUAUAGAUGUGGUUUACGACUAUCUCAUAAGCGGACAAUCCGAGCCACUGCGACAGCACCUAGAGACGCUUAUUUGUCUCACGUACCGUCAACUUCAUGCGCUCUGCAUCCGAUCGCACCCAGGUCGGCACAUCCUUUACAUUGAGAAGGGCCCCUCCAAAUCACCUAUCAUACCGAUCUUCACGGCCCAUCCUCGGAGUCUUGCGGAACAUUGUCAAGGAUCUGGCUUCAUGGUACGACCUAUUGUUGCCCCAACCGUUCCCGUUGGGGGUGAAAGGGUGAGGAUUUGUUUGCACUCUGCCAAUACUCCUGAGCAGAUCGAAGGACUAUGUGGCGCGAUUGAAGCAUGGGUGCGAAAUCAGAUGGCCAUGGAAAAAACUCGAGAGAGUGAAAGACAUCCCAAAUUAAUUAUGGAGGGAGAAGGUGUAUUCAUCAAACAAGAUAAAUCUCGGCUCUAACCCCCAUAAUCUAAAACGAAGUCCUUUCAAUUACCUACCUCCUAGAUACCUAUACAUCGUCCAAGUACGAGCUUCUACGAGCUACAGCUAGUUGCAGGCGGCGGAGACUUAUCAAAGCUCUUCAUAGGACCCAAGCCCCACCGGUCGAACAUCUCUUUAUCCUCGUC